ACUUUUCCACCCGGUUCCCGCGCAAUCGUCUGCGUUUGCCGCUGUUUAACGAAUCAACACAGCAACGAUAUUCGCCCUGAAAAUUUUACCAAACUCUGAGUGAAAAUGGCACAAGGACACGAUUACCCUCGAGAAAGAGAACUGAUUCGCACCUUUCUGACGGAGUUCAACGUUCAGGAGGGCCGCCGAAAGAUAUUUAAAUAUGUAGAUACCAUCACAAAAAUCGCCCACAGAGAGGAGGUGUCCCUGAUUGUGGACCUCGAUGACCUCCACCAGUACAACCCUGAGCUGUGCGAUUAUGUGCAGCAAAAUGCUCGAACUUACACUAAACUAAUUUCUGACGUAGUUUUCGAAAUGCUUCCCACUCUGAGGGAUCGAGAGGUGCCUUGCAAGGACACUCUUGACGUGUACAUUCAGCACCGUCUCAUCAUGGAGCAACGGCUUCGGCAGCCUGGAGAGAACGAUUCACACAACCAGUUUCCCCCUGAGCUCAUGCGCAGAUUUGAGGUGUUCCUGCGAAAUCUGUCUGGUGCAAAGUCGAUUCCGAUCCGCGAAGUGCGGGCUGGACACGUGGGCUCCCUACUGACGGUGCGUGGCAUUGUGACUCGCUGCACAGAGGUUAAGCCCAUCCUGGUGGUGGCCACGUACACGUGCGACCAGUGUGGCGCCGAGACCUACCAGCCGGUCAAGUCGCUUUCCUUCAUGCCGCUACACAAGUGUCCCAGUGACGAGUGCCGCGUCAACCGCUCCGGCGGACGCCUCACUCUCCAGACCAGAGGCUCCAAGUUCAUUAAGUUCCAGGAAAUCCGCAUUCAGGAACACAGUGACCAGGUGCCUGUUGGACACAUUCCACGCUCACUUACCAUCUACUGCAAAGCUGAGAUGACUCGGCAGUGCAUGCCUGGUGACCACAUUGCUGCCACUGGCAUUUUCCUUCCACUGCUCAAGUCUGGAUUCAAGCAGAUGGCGCAAGGACUCAUCACGGAGCAUUUCCUUGAGGCACAUAGGGUCGUAUGUCUGACCAAAACUGAUGAGGAGGAGCAGCAGAAGAAUGAUCUGACUGACGAGGAGAUGAGUGAAAUCUCUGGAAACAAUUUCUACAACAAGCUAGCGGCAAGCAUCGCGCCUGAAAUCUACGGGCAUGAGGACGUGAAGAAGGCGCUGCUGCUGCUGCUCAUUGGCGGCGUCAACCAGAACCAGGGUGGAAUGAAAAUCAGGGGCUCCAUCAACAUCUGUCUCAUGGGCGACCCUGGAGUGGCCAAAUCGCAGUUGCUUGGCUUCAUCAACCGCGUUGCUGUUAGAAGCCAGUACACGACUGGGCGAGGUUCAAGCGGCGUUGGAUUGACGGCAGCAGUGAUGAAGGACCCGCUGACAGGGGAAAUGACCCUGGAGGGUGGUGCCCUGGUGCUUGCCGACCGUGGUGUCUGCUGCAUUGACGAGUUUGAUAAGAUGGCUGAUGCUGACAGGACAGCCAUUCAUGAGGUGAUGGAGCAGCAGACAAUUUCGAUCGCGAAGGCAGGCAUCAUGACGACGCUGAACGCUCGCGUGUCGAUCCUGGCCGCGGCGAACCCAGCAUAUGGACGCUACAACCCGCGUCGCACCAUCGAACAGAACAUCCAGCUACCGGCUGCCCUUCUGUCUCGUUUCGAUCUGCUCUGGUUGAUCCAGGACAAGCCUGAGCGUGACAACGAUUUACGGCUCGCGCAGCACGUCAUCUUCGUGCACCAGAACAGCAAGCAGCCGCCGCAGCAGUUCACACCCAUCGACAUUAAGUUGAUGCGCCGCUACCUCGCCCUCACGCAGAACAUCGCGCCCACUGUCCCUGCCGAGCUCUGCGACUACAUGGUCGAGGCGUACGUGGCUAUACGCCGUGAUGCUCGCAACAAUGCCGACAUGACCUUCACCUCGCCGAGAAUCCUGCUUGGCAUUGUCCGUCUUUCCACUGCCCUGGCGAAACUGCGUCUGAGUGAGGAAGUGGAAAAGUCUGACAUCCAGGAGGCACUGCGUUUGAUGGAAAUGUCGAAGGCGUCUCUGAGCCAGCAGCCGGGCCAGGGCGGCAGGCAGCGCAGCACCAGGGAUCGCAUCUUCACGCUCGUGCAGGAGCUGGCUGGCACCGCCAAAUCGGUGCAGAUGAGUGACGUCGUUGACGCGUGCACCAACAAGGGCUUCAAGCCCACCGAAGUGCACGAAACCAUUGAAGAAUACGAACAGCUCAACGUCUGGCAGAUCAAUGCCGCCAGAACCAAGAUCACGUUCGUCUAGAGCAGGACUUAAUUGAAAUCCAAACAUCUCUAAUCCAGAAAUCCCUGAAAAAUGUGUAUCAGCUGAAUUUCGGCCUCAGGCUCUGUUUCAAUUAAAUCUGUUCAUUCCAUUCUGAAGGAAUCUUAAAGGUUUUCUCGAUAUUUUUGUAAGAUAGUGUGAAGAGUGCCUUAAUAAUAAAAUCCCUCGUGUAUUUUUAA